AUGGACUUGACCAAAAUCUCCGGCCUGGGGUUCGUGGGAUUAGGGGCCAUGGGCCUUCCCAUGGCCGGUCACCUUGCUGCAAAGCUGCCCGAGAACGUGCACAUCUAUGCCUACGACAUCAACCAAUCAAGUGUGGACCAGCUGCACCACGACUACCCGGACAGAGUGACCAAGUGUUCCGGCGCGAAGGAGGUCGCGGAUAAAUCAGAUGUUAUUAUCACCAUGCUUCCCGAGGGCAAACACGUCCGUUCUGUAUACAUGGGGGACGGGGGCGCCACCGACACCAUCUGCUCGAGUGACGUUUCGGGGAAGCUGCUGAUCGACUGUUCGACCAUCGACACGGCCAGCAGCCUGGCGGUCAAGGACUACAUCAACGAGAAGUUCCCCACCACGGCCUUCUACGACGCCCCCGUCAGCGGCGGCGUGGUGGGCGCCCAGAAGGGCACCAUCGCCUUCUUCCUGGGCUGCGACGGCGCCGACCCGAAUCUGCCGCAACUCACCCGGCUCCUGCAGCUGAUGGGUAAGGAUGUGAUCCCCUGUGGGGGACCCUCUAAGGGCCUCGCGGCCAAGCUGUCCAACAACUACCUGUCGGGCAUAAUCGCCAUCGCCGUCUCCGAGGCCAUGGACAUGGGCAUGCGCUCGGGCCUCGACCCGCGCGUGCUGGCCAAGGUCUACGCCGCCGGCACCGCCCAGAACACCAUCUGCGACCGCUUCUGCCCCGUGCCCGGCGUGUACGCGGAAGCACCCUCGUCCAAAGGCUACACCAACGGGUUUAAAGUGCAGCUGAUGCGCAAGGACUUCUCCCUGGCGCUGGACAUGGCCAAGCGGGUCGGGGCCGCGAAUGUCUUGGGUGAGGCCGGCCUCGCCACGUACGACGGCGCCAGCAAAGACCCCCGGUGCAAGGACCUCGACUCGAGAGUCGUUUUCCGGUAUCUGGGGGGCAACGAGGACUGGCAGAAGGACGCCGACGAGGCUACGGCCAGCAAGCUGACGUAA